AUGUCGUGGCAAACGUACGUAGACGACCAUCUGAUGUGCGAAAUUGAAGGCAACCACCUCUCUGCCGCCGCCAUCAUCGGCCACGACGGCAGCGUUUGGGCCCAGAGCGCCACUUUCCCUCAGUUGAAGCCUGAAGAAGUGACUGGCAUUCUGAAUGACUUCAAUGAACCUGGUUCACUUGCUCCAACUGGGUUGUAUCUUGGAGGCACAAAGUACAUGGUCAUCCAAGGAGAGCCAGGAGCUGUCAUUAGAGGAAAGAAGGGACCAGGUGGUGUUACUGUCAAGAAGAGCACUCUUGCUUUGCUGAUUGGCAUUUAUGAUGAGCCAAUGACUCCUGGCCAAUGCAACAUGAUUGUUGAAAGGCUUGGUGAUUAUCUGAUUGAGCAGGGUCUCUAG